AUGACGAUUACGUUGAAGGACGUAGCCAUGCUGACAGAGCUUCCAAUCGAUGGUGAUGCAAUAAUUGAAAGUUCACAGAAACCAUUGAAUGGUUGGGGCCAAUUUAUAAGCGAGCGUUUAGGUAUCAACAUCCCCGAGGAAGCAGAAGAAGGUCGUCGUGUACCACCUCUACACAAGUCUAUGUUAUUGAUACCUUGGCUAGUGAGGACCGUUGGGGAAUUACCGGAGGAUGCCACGGAUGCUCAGAUAGAGAGGAGGGAGGUCAGGAUCGUCGUUGUGAGCAUAGAGAGGAUGUUGUGGCACCAUCGUGUAGUGAGGUGUGGGGGGCUCAAAUUCCCCCUCGUCAACUUCCAGAUCUUCACCAUCUGA